AAGUGGGCAGAUCUGCAUAAUCUAUACUUCGAGGGGCGAGGUUUUUUCCACAUGUGACAGAUCACCAAUUCGGCCUAAGACAAUCUAGUCUGUGAUCCAUAAAGUUGGAAAGUAGGCUGAUGGACAACCCCCCUCUCGUUCCCCCUCUGCAUGGGACACGCUACUUGUACGAAGACAGCUUCAAGUACUACUUCCCGUAUGGCAAUGUUCCUGCAGUAAACUUUCUCGAAUGCGUGCCCUGGGAAAUCAAAAGCCCUGAUAUUUUGGUGCUUGCCUGUGGAGACUUGCGUUCUGUUUUCUACACUAUUUGGAAGAACUUCAACGGAGGUUUUGAACAGACAUUUGAAAGCACGAAUUUUACGAUUCACGACGUGUCGGCCGCUGUUUCAGCGAGGAAUAUCCUCUUCCUGUAUCUCUGCAUCAAGAUUCCUAAAGACAGUGCUAGUCGUAAAAAAUGGCUAUGUGCAUUUUGGAGCAUCUGGUUCUGCCACGAGCUACUACCUGACCACGAGCAAACCUUGCAUGAGGCUUUGAAGACCCUUCUAGAAUAUUCCAAGAACUGGUCUAGCCCCGACAACCCUCUGUCUUCGUUUGUACAAUUCUACAACCCUAAAACCCUCACUGACAUCAAAGAAUUUUGGUCCAUGUGGUGCCACGAGAAGGUCAUGGCAUCAGUUAGAGCGAUGAGGGCUGCCAGACAGGUUGAAAUGAGCAAGCUACAAGGAAAAACAGAGGGUGAAGCAUCUCUUGGAUUGUUUGAUCUCACUGGCAUGUUGGGCUCAAAUCUUAACAAACCGCAAACUAUACGACUGAGAAACGAGUACAAAGCCUAUCUCGACUCUGGAAAUGCGUAUGCUGAAGAACUAACUGAAGAGCCACAAAAGAAGAGAAAAGUGAAUCCCACAUUUAUCGAGAAGCGUGGAGAAUAUGGCAUGUAUUACAUUCAAUGCCCCUACCGUUGUUUUCAUCAAGUGUACAUCACUAAUAUCAAGAAAAUGCUUAGAGCAGGCAUGCAUGUUACCGAUUCCGACAGGAAAUACAUCGAAGUCAGUGUAGAAGCCUAUGAGGAACAACCUCUUCUUGCCAACAGCUUUCAACAAUUCGCAUUGUGGGUGUGUAGUACAGCUGAUACGUUUCGAUGUCGACAAAAGAAAGUUUCGUUCAACUUUGUUUGCUGCAUAGAUCCCAUUUCUUUCUGCUACCUCAAUAGUAACAAGUUCAACAUGGUGUUUGCCUUCACCAUCAUUGACCUGUGUGCUCCUCCAGCACUAGUCUUAGCUGGCGUCAGACUUCUCCAAAAUGGUGGUCGUUUUGUGUGUGGGUCCGUUCUUCAUCUAGACCUUGCUAAAACUAUCCAAGAGUUUAUUAUGGAGUCCUUCGGGUUCUCCUCCAAGUUUCUACCUGUGAUUUGUGGCAUCAGGUGUGUGAACCACGAGGGGGAAGGUUAUUCCAGUAUUGUUUCAAGCGAACACCUUUGCCUCGAAACAGCAGACACAGACGCAAGACAAUCCUCGAUGCGUGAGAAGCUAAUUUACUGGGAAAAAGUGGACAUGUCACCCCCGCUUGUGAUCAACUCUAUGUUCGAUUGUCCGAAGUUAUGUGCUGCACUCGUAAACUGCUUUUACGUCUGCUGUACUCCACUCUUAACACAUCAUCCUGUCGGAAAAACGGUGUUAAACAAUCUCUGUACUGAUACAGCCAUUCAGAUCCUCCACUCAUUUGCUGUUAGACUCGAGCCAAGCGUCAUUAGCUCACAUGAGUUUUGGGAGCCAUUUGUUGAAGAAGUGAAAAAGAACAAACAAAUGCAAGCCUUCUAUGCAACGAUUCAAAUCCAAGCCCUUGUCACUGGGAUUCAUCUACACUUCACUCUGGACAAGUCUAACUGCCCCACUUGUUUGGACAAGCCCAUCUCCAGCUACGCUGGGCUGCUUCGUAUGGAAGUGCCCAUAGAGAAGAUAUCUGAUCGCCAUCCCCUUUAUUCAAUUUUCGUCACCCAGGAGAAACUCAAAUCACCUGAGGGACUGUGUGCCAAUGCAAACAUGUCUUUUUUGGUGGCCUUUACCGAGUCUUUGUACCGACUUUCCGCUCAUCACUUGGACUGCACAUCAGGAACUAUUCUUGGAAAUAUUUUGCAACUCAGUUGUCUAGUUCCUCUCGAAUUUGUUGAAAAGGACUACUCGUUUUCGCUCAACGAAUUCACCAGGCAUAAAGACACAAAAGGUCAGGUUUAUACUUGGCCGAACCUGAUGAUUGUACAUGGUAAACUCAGAGAUUACCUUGUCAGAGAUCAAGUCAUUCCAAAAGGAAAACUUUCUUCACAAUAUGUUGCCCCCGAGCCCUACUCUCUCGGUACUGUAAUCAAAAAUGUUGGAAACGGAGAUCUUUUUGAAACAACUCUCAGUCUAGCUGAGGGCAAACCAGAAUUACUGACAACAAAACUGGAUAUCCAGAAAGUCUCUAACACUCAAGUGAAAACUGUGUGUGGAGACAGCAGUUCAGUGAUCAAAUACCCUUAUCCUGUGUAUUUCAAUAAGAUGAAUUUACAACGUUCCAAGAAAUCGAAAACUCUCGUAAUUAAAGCUCAACGUAGGUGCUACAAUUACGAUGACGAAGGACAGAUUUUUCACGUUAACCCUGAAGACCAUUUCUCUCUCCCUCCAGUGAUUGUUGAUCCUGUCACCCUGGAACUCUUCAUGAGAAUGCAGUAUGCUUCCAAAGAGAUCAUGUUCAAGACAAAUGCACAACAUGGUAAGGGUGUGUGUCGACUAACGCUAAGUGUUGAACAGAUGGUCAGGCAAAUGCUUACGACAAACGAUACCAUCUACGUUAUGCUCUCCUUAGAGAGUGAGCAACUUUGGGGUAUUGUGGAGGUUCUCAACAGGGUUGUUGACGUCAACAGAAAAGUACCCGCUGUUCAUGUGAGCUACCUUUUCCUUGACGAAUUUCCUGGACAAGUUUCGGAUGUUGUACAAAAAGCAGUGUAUGUGGGGGCGUAUCAACAAGGAAUUAAAGCUGUCAAACUGCAGUUUCUACAAGAGCAUUUCCAGUAUGUAAAAGAAGUAUUUCUCAGCUUCUCAAAAAACACUCUUCAGUCCUCACUUUCGAAGUCUUCAGUUGUGCCCACUCUUGAGCUUAAGCAGUCUGUCAGUCAAGCGGUUGUGUAUCCUCUAUAUGAAGACCCAGGCCGAGCGGUAAAAGAUCUCCAAUGCCCCAUGUGUCGAGGAGCUUUGAAGGUGGAAACUAUGCAGAGAUGUGCCUGUGAGGAGGUGGGAUACUGUAGCGUUGUGUGUAAGGAGCGCCAUUUCCAAGAGCAUAUUCAAGAAUGCAAGUUGUUAAAAUAUGCAACGGGUAAAUCUAAGGCUACUAAAUCUGAGGCUACUAAAUCUGAGGCUACUAGUCAAAAACAGAUUGUUGAAGAUAAAGAACGUUGUGCAUAUUGUUGGAAGAGUACUCCCUCUCUCAAAUCGUGUGCUAAGUGCCGCAAGAUUAUGUACUGUGGUCGAGAGUGUCAAAAAAGUCACUGGAAAACACACAAAAACGAUUGUAUCGUUACCAGCGACGCAGAUAAGAAAAGCAAACCAAAAUGCAAUAGCUGUGAGAAAGAGAUAACUGAUGAACUAACUAAGUGUAUAGGAUGUGAGAGUAUGUCCUAUUGCAGUAUAAAAUGCCAGACAUACCACUGGAGACAACACAAGCUCAAGUGUAAGGGCUCUUCUGGAGUCAAGGAGACUGGUAAACCCAGCGAAGGCAAAGGCUCUUCUAAGCCCGGUGGAAUCAAGGGCACUAGUAAUCUCAGCGAAGGCAAAGGCUCUUCUAAGCCCGGUGGAAUCAAGGGCACUGGUAAUCUCAGCGAAGGCACAGACUCUUCUAAACCCAGCAAAAUCAAGGGCACUGGUACACCUAGCGAAGGCACAUGCUCUUCUAAACCCAGUGAAGUCAGUGGUGCCACUAAACCUAGCAGUACCGCUAAAACCAGCGAAAUCAAGGACUCUUCUAAACCAAGUGAAGUCAAGGGCAUUGCUAAACCAGAGUGCUCUUCUAACGUGAGCAAAGCUACUGCCAGCCCAGGUACCAACUCAAAGCAACAAAAAAAAGGAAAGAUGAAAAUUAAAUCUGGACAGCAAACCUCAAGCACCAAGAAAUAUCUCGAUUCAAAGCAAAAGCAGAAUGAAGACCCUACUUCUCAACCUGAAUCUUUGUCUUCGAGCCCAGACACACUCGAUACUACUGCCAGUGAGAGGACAACUGAAAAGGAGAAGGCCAAGGCCAAGACUGGAGUGAGUAUGCGAUGUGCGUACUGUGAAAAGAAGCCGACUAAGCCUCAGCGUUGUGCCAGGUGCCAGAAGGUGUUCUACUGUGGACAUGAGUGUCAAAGGUCUCACUGGAAAGAACACAAGCCAAUUUGCAAGUCGAUUAACUAAUGUGCUAUGUAUAACUCACUGAACUUUUGUUACCUUAGCUAUAAUUAUUACGUAGUUUUAUUCACACUUAUUAUGGUUAUUGUAUAGUUCUUUCUUGCUUUGAUUUGAUGAACACACUAUUAUAGCGGCAUGCAUGUAUAUAAUUAUGUUGCUAUUAUUGAUCAAACACAAUCGCUUAUGCUUG